CUGCCCGUUAUUAGACAGCUGACUGCGAAGGUGUAUACAUAUACAUGUACAUUUCUCAGGUGUGACACUAUUUCAUUCUGGUCGGUGCUUCAAUUUCUAUUGAUUGAAUAAUAGAAGGAUUAACGUGUGUAGAUUAAAAACGAUUACUUCGUGCUAGUUUAAACUACAUUGGAAAAAUCCGUUAUUUGUUCGGUACUUGAAAAAGCUUAGUCAGACUGUCAGUCAGUAUUUAACAACCGUGAGAAAAAGACGUAUAUUCACUCAUAAAAUAAUAGUAAUAACGGAAUAUAACUGUAAUAAUUUAAUGUUUGUGUAUAAGACAAUGGACAUUGACCGUGGUUAUUUAAAUUAAAUUUUAUAAUCAUUAAAUAAGCGAAAAAAACGUUUUAAAGCAAUUAUAAUUGUAUCGUUUGUUCUUGUUAUGUUCAGUUUGUUUGUUGGUGGUUCUUUGUGUGCACAAUUGUGAGGAACGGAGGGCCGGGCGGUUGUUGAGCGGUCAUGUCAGUGGACGUCUUGCCUGCCAAGGUGUCGCAGGGGCACACUGGAUACCCCAAGUACACACAGCUUCCGGCCAUGCGUGAGAGCAGACCGGGACCGGUGGGGCCCGUGGCUCCCACGAAGCGGAGGGACGCGAAGGGGGUUAACAUUACAAAUUUUGACCCAAACUGCAUAAUCUACAACUCCAACACAGACACCACAUAUCUGAGGGGGAAACUGCUCGGAAAGGGCGGCUUUGCAAGAUGUUACGAAAUGCUCGAUCUCAACUCCAACAAAAUCUAUGCAGGGAAAAUCAUCCACAAACACAGAAUUUCCAAACCCCACCAAAGACAGAAGAUCAUGCGGGAGGUGGAGUUACAGCGAUACCUGAGUCACAAAAACGUUGUCGCCUUCCACAGUUUCUUCGAAGACGAUGAAAAUGUCUAUAUCGUCCUUGAAAACUGCAAUAGAAAGUCGCUUGUGUACAUGUUGAAGCAUCGUAAGACAUUGACGGAGCCAGAGGUGCGAUACUUCAUGGGCCAGCUCGUUGAGGGCACGCAGUAUAUCCACAAUCACAAUAUCAUUCACCGCGAUCUCAAACUUGGCAAUAUGCUCCUCAACGACGACAUGAACGUCAAAGUUGCUGACUUUGGUCUCGCUACCCGUGUGGAAUUUGAAGGCGAAAAGAAAAUGACUGUUUGCGGAACCCCGAACUACAUUGCCCCUGAGGUUCUACAGAAGCGUGGCCAUAGUUACGAGGCAGAUAUCUGGGCCUUAGGCUGUGUCAUGUAUGCCUUAUUAGUUGGUCAUCCCCCAUUCGAGACGGCCACUCUCAAGGAGACUUAUAUCCGUAUAACGGAGAACCGAUUCUCGAUACCAGACUGGGUGUCGCCCACGGCGCGUAACCUGAUUACAAAAUGUCUAACACACGAGCCCGAGUUGCGCCCGAGUCUUGAGACAAUUCUCAGGGAUGAGUUUUUCACCUCCGGCCACCACCCCAACAAUCUCCCACCCAGCUGUUGUACGACCGCUCCUCGAUUCCAGACCUCGGGACACAGAUAUUCUAGGCCUAAAUCAUAUGCAGGUCCGGAUCAGCAACGGUUAGACCCCGGUGUUGAACGAAUUACAUCCCCAAUACGCGACCUUGAGCUCAAUAGUCGGUCUGAAAGGUCGUCUAAAGGUCGCCACACCCCCGACUUUUUCAUUCCGGUGUCACGGUUGAGUGGUCGGACCUCUGGCUCUGAAGCCACACGCUCGGACAGAUCAGAUUCUCCUCCUAUGAGAGAGUCAUCACCCAAACCUCGCUCAGCCGCCAACCUUCUUGAUGUGCUCACAACGUGUUUAGAACACAUGCCAAAAGAUGUGAUAAAGAACCCAGAACCAGUUGCUGACAUGACAAUACUGUGGGUGAGCAAGUGGGUCGAUUAUUCGAACAAGUAUGGCUUUGGUUUCCAGCUAUCCAAUGACUCCAUGGGUGUUCUGUUCAAUGACACUUCCAGAAUCAUCCUCUCCCUUGACGGAAAAUCUGUGCAGUAUUAUGACAUGACAGGCAGGUUGAACGCGUUCAAUGCAGACAACCCGCCUGAUGAUCUGGAAAAGAAGACGACACUGCUCAUGUACUUCGCCAAAUACAUGGAUGAACAUUUGAUCCAGGGAGGUAACUUGGAGUGUUCCAAGGACUCGGAUGACAUCAGUGUAGGCUCCCUUUGUUUGAAGAAAUGGUUCCGCACAGCAAAAGCCAUAGUUCUGUAUCUCAGUGAUGGAACCCUUCAGGUUAACUUCUUUGAUGACCACACUAAGAUCAUUCUGAGCUACAUGCGCAAUGACUACUUUGUCACAUACAUUGACGAGGAACGUCGAGCUACAACCUACAGUAUGGUGCACCUCAUUCAAGAUGGCUGCCAGCGAGACAUUCUUGACAGAAUGACCUUUUCAAGGUCAAUGUUGAAAAACCUUGUUGACAUUGAAGGGGUGGACAUCUAAUGGCGUUCUGCUGUUACAGUAGACAAACAAUUGGGAUCAAUGCAUAAUAUGGCGUCAUUUUACAUUUAAGAGAUUUCGUUCAUACGUUCGGUGGCAAAGUGCAAGAUUUGUGAUUAUUUUUCAGAGGAAGUUCAGGAGAAUGAUUAGAUGUAUGAAAUGAGUGAGUAGUUUUAAACUGCUUGAGUACUUCUUGAGAUGUUUCUGAGAUGAAACAAUCUAUAAUCAUAUCUGGACAUCAGGUAUCCAGAUUUGAAAUGUUUAUGAGAUGAAUCCAGAUUGUCUUUCAUAAAAUGAAGGGAUUAAAUUCCACUGGAAUGACAGAAGAAACAGUGGGGCAAUCCCAGCUGUGAUGUCCUCAGGCAUUGCAUAGAGUGGCAUUGCUUAAUUACAAACUAUUUUACAUGUCCAGGAUUAUGGGACUAUUGUUUUCCAUGAAAACAAGACAAUAGCUCAAUUUGAAGCUCAAAACUCGAUAAGAACUAAUGUGUCCUUGAAAUAUGUAUUAAUAUGACCUUGAUUCUUUUAAGCAUAUGCCAUAUAUCUUAAAGGUCAAGGUCAGUAGCUAUGUUUCAAGUUAAAGGUCGUUUAGGACAAGAAUGGGAAUGUUUUUCUCACCCAAAACUUGCUUCAAGUUUGCAAGACAGGUGAUGAUUGAAAAUACAACAUGAAGUAUUCUAUGGGGAUUACAGCAUGAAAAAUGCAAAAUGCCUAAAGCGUUAGGUAAAUGAAAAUAUCAAUAGCAAUAUUGUGAUUAUUGGCAAUACGAAAGUCCCAUUUCGUGCAACACAAAGUGUUCUGUGUAUAUGUUUAUCAUUUAUAAUUAAUAAUGGAGCAAUACAACAUACAUUAUUUUCAUAUUGUGAAAAAGUACUUAUUGCUCAAAGAGGUUGUACCUAGCUGCCUUGGAAGAGAGCGAGGACACUAAGCAAGUCUGACUAGUAUUUGGUGUGCACAUUUUCCUUGUAUAAAUGAAUUAUAAAAGAAACUGUGUGAAUUUGAGAAUUUGAAUGUUGAACUAUUUUGCCAACAGUCAAACAUGUGAUAGCAUUUGAUACUCAUAAUAAAUGAAAUUGUAUUGCAAUCAUAGUGUACAAGUGUAAAGAUUUAUUGGAACUUGUUCAGUUAUAAAACUGUCCAUUUCUUGUUGAUCUCUUGACAGCAUAUAAAUUCAUUAUUGGUUUUGAAGAAUAAUGGAGUUUAUUUUUAAAUCCAGAAAGUGAAACAGACAUGGCGCUAUUUUUUAUCUUGAGUUUGUAAGUAUUGAGCUAUGAAAAUUAUCAAUAGAAUCAUUACAUUUAUAAAUAAAAGGUUAACUUUUGUACAUUUUCUUAAUUGAAUCUUCAGUGAUCAGAGUAGAAAUAAUUGUCGUUAUUUUAAUAUUCUGCCAUUGGUUUUAAAAUAUUUAAGAUUGUUUGCUUUCUUGGAAUUUUCCGAUAAAAAGUGCUGUUGUGAGUUUUUGAUAAAUGCUGUUGUGUGGUAUUGAUAAAUCGAUCUACAUGUUACUGUAUAUAUGAGGCUGGUUGAUCUACAUGUUACUGUAUAUAUGAGGUUGGUUGAAGGUUAAGAAGUUUAUAGAAUUAUUUGAGUAUUUCACUGGCAAAAACAAUGUAUAUAUACACUAUUUCUUUGAAAGGGAUAAUGGAAUGUUGUUGCCAUGCAACAUACAUAAAUGUUGCCUGCAGUUUGUAGUAAAUGUAUAAAUGUCUGCAUAGUUCAUAUUUAUAAUGGAAGAAAGUCUGAAAUUCAAUAUGAUAUAACUUUAUUGCUAUUUCAUUAAGUUAUUGUACAGAAACACUAUCAGCUAGUGUCUAUAUGGCAAACUCUCCAAUAAAAAGGAAUAAUUCUAUAGCAAUAUUGAAGGCAUUAUCUUUCAAUUAUUGAUUCAUCACUUUGUCUCAAUCAAUUAAUUUCACUGAUCUCAGCUAAGCCUGUAUUCAAAUGCUACUUAAAUAAAGUUCAUACUUUUUAUAUUUGUUUGCUCCUUUAUUAUUUUCUUUCUGUAUCAAAUUAUUUAAUAAUUUAUUUCCUUAAAGUUGAUGGUAUUGUUCAUUGUAUGCUGUCUAUUUAGUGGAGUCCUGAUUUUGCCACUACUGUUUGCUUACUUGGUGGCAUAACUAUGUAAUAUCCAAAAUUUGAAAUCCAUAAUGAACUUCAAGUCCAAAUGCAACUUGAAAUUUGCAGACUUGGUCAAUUUGUUUUACUCAUUUAUUUUCGCCAUAGAUCUCAAAUAGACUUUUUCUAAAAGCAGAAAUGAGUAAUGUCAAUUUCACCUCACUGCAGGAGAAAAAUAUUGUUUUUCACAACCAAAUAUAAAACAUAUUUGCAAAUAGCUAUUCUAGGAAAUUGUAAACAUAUUGUAUUUCAAAUUUGGCUACCUCAUCCAAGGACCAUAAUAUCUGAAAUAUUCCCAAAUUGUUUUAAAAUUGACCAAUUAUGCUUUCUCACAGGCUUAUAGUUAUAAUUUAUCAUAGUAGAAUCAUUUUUUGAAUAUAUGUGGCAAUAUCAUUCAUAUUGCAAAUAAGGGAGAAUUACUUGGGACCAAAAUUUGUACAUCAUGAUUUAAAAUAUCAGCAAUGGUAUAGCAAUGUUUUGGCUAAAAACCAUGUAUUAAAGUGAUAUUUCUGAGCAAUGAAUUUGUAUAAAGCAAUUUGUUAUAUAGUGAUAAAUGAAUAUUUGUUUUGAUUUGAAUGUUACGAAUGGUAUUUGGAUGUUUUGCAUAUUUUGUUAUGAGAUACUUAGUCUUUAGUUGAUUUAUUAAGAAACAGAAAUUUCAUGAACAUUGAAAUAAAAUAUUGAAAUAAUA